AAAAAAACAGAAAAUUUAUUUCUUUAAUUUCAGCUCUCCAGAAAGUGGUGAGAAAAUAUCAACGCCAGCAUUUUCCCUUGAUUUUUUUUUUGUAAUAACAAAUAAAUUCCCUUUUUGGGAAUCCAAAAAAGAACCCAACACAAAACCGAAAGAAGCUCAAACAUGUUUCUGAUAAGCUGUCCAAGCGGAGCAUUGUCGGCUAAAAAAUGUUCACUCAAAUUCACUGUCCCAAUUCAACCUUCAAUUUCCAAUUCCUCAAUCCAUAAAAGACCCAAAUUCAUCCCUUCAAGAAAUUCACGAAAACCCCUUCAAAUCACUCUCGCCAAGGCUGAAGGAGGCCUAGACUCUGCCCCUAAACAAUCUUCCCCUCCUCCUCCUCCUUCGCCUUCUCCUUUCAACAAUGGCGACGACACCGUUUUCGUUGGUCAAGAUGAUGUCCCUUUGGAAGGUGUUAUCCAGUUCGAAAAACCCAGUUCUUCUUCUUCUCGUCUUUCCAAAUGGGGUCGAGUGGCUUUGCUUGCUGGUGGGGAUGUGUUGGCUUUGCUUUUGUUUUCUGCAAUUGGAAGAUAUAACCAUGGUCUCCCCAUUUUUGCAAUGGAUACAAUACGUACAGCUGACCCUUUCUUGGCUGGAUGGUUUUUGAGUGCAUACUUCCUUGGGGGCUAUAGUGAGGAUGGACGAGGAGCCAAUGGUCUAUCCCAAGCCCUUAUUGCUGCAGCCAAAUCUUGGGGUUUGGGAAUUCCUUUGGGAUUGAUUAUACGAGCUGCAACAUCAGGCCAUGUUCCGCCAUAUGCAUUUGUCUUGGUAACAAUGGGAAGCACUUCUGUUUUGCUUAUUGGAUGGAGAGCACUAAUAGUAAGCAUUUUCCCUGAUGAUACAAAAAAGAAGAAUGAUGUAUAUCGACGCGGCAGCCCAUUUGAACUAUUUGAGUUGCUCACAUCAUUGGUACGAAGAUGGUAAUCCCCGACAACCACCAUGAGGUUGAUCCCGUUCCAUGCUGAUUCAGAUCAUUGAGACAUUCAUAUGGAUUUAUAACUACAUGUCUUGGUGGGACAUUCAUUGACAUCUCUAACAAAUGCCAGUUAAAAGUUUUUGUUGUGUAAUGAAACCACUAAUGAGGGGAAUUAUAAACAAACCAAAACAUCAUGUGUUACUUGAUCCAGUUGGAUCCUGUAAAUUAAGAGUAAAAGAAGAGGCUUUGUCUGCAUGAGGAAAAAAGAUACGUACCCACCAUGUGUUUCAAACGGAGAUUCUUCAGCACAUAGGCAUUAGCAACUUUGAUGGAUUUGACGAGGCCUUUUUCAGGUAGCAAAUAGCAUAUAGGCAAUAUGGGGUUGGAUAGGGAUCAUUUCAUCGUCUAUGGUGGUAAAUACAAUAGUGGAGCCAGUGAGUAGAGUCUAUAACAUCUUUAAAAGAUAAGCCGUCACAUUGAAAAGACCGUCUUAUUUGGAUACUUUGCUUCAUGAGGAGUCCCAUCAAUAUUAGAAUAUGUUAUACAUGACCAAAACCAGUGGGUUUUUUCAUUGAUUUUCUUUCG